UGGAGGCACCUUCCGGGUCUCUUAACUCUGGUGUCUGUGUCCAAGCUGCCGUGAAGUGAAUAAACACCGAGGCGGUCUAUUUGUCCCCAUCAGAAUCCCGAAUCCCAGCCCUGCUACUUCGGUUCCCUUGGCUGCGUACGGAAGCCGAGGCUGGGCGGGGCCUCGGGCUUGGGAGCCCUUCUUGUGGACGACGAGAGCUGAGGCCGGGCGCGGGGACCAGGCGGCGGCUGCUCGGGGCUGGGAGGCCCCAUGGCGCCGCCCCCGGCCCCGCUCCUGGUGCUGAGACCGGGGGAGACCGGGCCUGGUUGCAAGAAGCCCUUGGCCGUGAGGUUCGCGGACGUGGCCGUGUACUUCUCUCCGGAGGAGUGGGGGUGUCUGCGGCCCGCGCAGAGGGCCCUGUACCGGGACGUGAUGCGGGAGACCUACGGCCACCUGGGCGCGCUCGGAUUCCCAGGCCCCAAACCAGCCCUCAUCUCUUGGAUGGAACAGGAGAGUGAGGCUUGGAGCCCCGCCGCCCAGGAUCCUGAGGAGGGGGAAAGCCUGGGAGGAGCUCUGAGAGGAGCUACCCCCAACAAAAAGGAAGAGGAACCUGAAGCAGGACUAGGAGCCAAAGCACCGAGAAAGGCUCCUGGGAAGGAGAGGCCUGAGGAGCUGGUUAAACACAACCCUGGCACGACCGUCAGCAAAACCUCAGCCAGAGCACAGCCACCCAGACAAGCUGUCUGGGACCAGGGUGCAGGUGAUCAGCCCCCGGCCCCUGUAUCCAGCGCGGAUGCUCAGGCCAGCCAGCGGCGCCACGUGUGUGCAGACUGCGGCCGGCGCUUCACCUACCCCUCGCUGCUGGUCAGCCACCGGCGCAUGCACUCGGGUGAACGGCCGUUCCCCUGCCCCGAGUGUGGCAUGCGCUUCAAGAGGAAGUUCGCCGUGGAAGCUCACCAGUGGAUCCACCGCUCCUGCUCUGGGGGGCGGCGGGGCCGGAGGCCUGGGAUCCGGGCUGUGCCUCGGGCCCCGGUCCGAGGUGACCGGGACCCUCCGGUGCUAUUCCGGCACUACCCAGACAUCUUUGAGGAAUAUGAGCGCGGACGCCGAAGCAGCUGCGGCCAUCUUAACUAUGGGCAAGAGGCCCUUAGGGGUCCCACUACAAGCUACUUCCGGUCGCCUGGGCCUGGAGGGAGCCACCCCCACCCUGCACCGGAGGCCCAGUCGCUAGAGUCCACUCCCGGCUCCCGAUCUGGGCGCCCAGAGGUGUCGGUGAAGACCCGGCGGGAAGAAGUGCGGGAAGCGUGCGGUCACCCAGCGAUGGGCCAGCCACGAAACCUAACGUCUGAAAUCACUGCGCGGAGCGGGCCGGAGUCGGGGCUGGAGGUCGCUGCUCCAAGUCUGGGCGGGGCCGCGGCGAGGCCUCCAGCGCGGCGGGCGCGGGGACCCGCCGGGGAAGCCCGGCCGCCGCGCCUCCGAGGCCCGGCGCCGCGCUGGAGAACGCCUCCACCCCUGCCCGGGCCGGUGGCGGCGGCUUCCCGGGCGCCUGUAGCCGCCGCGGCCAUGUUGGCUGAGGGCUCGAAGACAAAGCCACCUAGAGACAGCAGGGUGGCGUCAUCCGGGCACGAUGGCGCGGGAGCGAAAUGCGGGUGGCGCCGGCCCGCCGCCCGGAGGGCAUUUACGAUGGCGCCGCCCCCGGCCCCGCUCCCAGCGCGGGAACCUAACGGGGUCAGGCCCCAGGGGGGGACAUCCGAGCCCGUGAGCUUCGCGGACGUGGCCGUGUACUUCUCCCCGGAGGAGUGGGGGUAUCUGCGGCCCGCGCAGAGGGCCCUGUACCGGGACGUGAUGCGGGAGACCUAUGGCCACCUGGGCGCGCUCGGCUUCCGAGGCACCAAGCCAGCCCUCAUCUCCUGGGUGGAAGAAGAGGCAGAACUGUGGGGUCCAGAUGCCGGGCCUCCUGAGAUGGGAGAGUGUCUUACCGAAGCAGACACAGCAGUUUCCGGAAAUCAGGCAGAAAAAGGACAAAGAGGAGGGAGGCAAGCACUGGGGAAGAUUCCUUCUGUGGACACUCAGCUUCCCGGGCUGACGGCUCUCAAACCCCUCUCUGCUGGCUUUCCUUAUGGUUGGCAGCAGCCACCGAAGGUGCCUCGCCGGGGUCGCCCGCCACUCUCUGCCCACCCCCCGGUCCCCAGAGCCGACCGGCGGCAUGGCUGCUACGUGUGCGGGAAGAGUUUCGCCUGGCGCUCCACCCUGGUGGAGCAUCUCUACACCCACACGGGCGAGAAGCCCUUCAGCUGUCCGGACUGUGGCAAGGGCUUCAGCCAGGCGUCCUCUCUGAGCAAGCACCGGGCCAUCCACCGUGGGGAACGGCCCCACCGCUGCCCGGACUGCGGCCGGGCCUUCACGCAGCGCUCGGCACUCACCACCCACCUCCGGGUCCACACGGGCGAGAAGCCCUACCGCUGCGCCGACUGCGGCCGCUGCUUCAGCCAGAGCUCCGCCCUCUACCAGCACCAGCGGGUUCACAGCGGGGAGACCCCCUUCCCCUGCCCGCACUGUGGCCGCGCCUUCGCCCAUGCCUCCGACCUCCGGCGCCACGUGCGCACCCACACCGGCGAGAAGCCCUACCCGUGCCCAGACUGCGGGCGCUGCUUCCGGCAGAGCUCGGAGAUGGCCGCCCACCGGCGCACCCACAGCGGCGAGCGCCCCUACGCCUGUCCUCAGUGUGGCAGGUGCUUUGGCCAGAAACCAGUACUUUUCAAACACCAGCGCAUCCACACGGGUGAAAAACCCUAUAAAUGUGAGGUCUGUAGCAAGGCCUUCUCCCAGAGCUCUGACCUCAUCAAACACCAGCGCACCCACACGGGCGAGCGGCCCUACAAGUGUCCCCGUUGCGGCAAGGCCUUCGCUGACAGCUCUUACCUGCUUCGCCACCAGCGCACCCACUCUGGUCAGAAGCCCUACAAGUGCCCACACUGCGGCAAGGCCUUCGGCGACAGCUCCUACCUCCUGCGGCACCAGCGCACUCACAGCCACGAGCGGCCCUACAGCUGCCCCGAGUGUGGCAAGUGCUACAGCCAGAACUCCUCCCUGCGUAGUCACCAGAGGGUGCACACUGGGCAGAGGCCCUUCAGCUGUGGCAUCUGCGGCAAGAGCUUCUCCCAGCGCUCGGCACUUAUCCCCCAUGCCCGCAGCCAUGCUCGCGAGAAGCCCUUUAACUGUCCCGACUGCGGCAAGACCUUCAAUCGCUCCUCCACGCUGAUUCAACACCAGCGCUCGCACACAGGCGAGCGGCCCUACAGGUGCGCCGUGUGUGGCAAGGGCUUCUGCCGCUCCUCCACGCUGCUGCAGCAUCACCGGGUCCACAGUGGGGAGCGGCCCUACAAGUGCGAUGACUGUGGGAAAGCCUUCUCUCAGAGCUCCGACCUCAUCCGCCACCAGCGGACCCACGCAGCCGGCCGGCGCUGACCCGGGGCCCCGUCGGGGUUGGGGAGCUGGUAGGCAGAAAAGAAGGGGACAGGGAGCUAGAGCAACUUUGCGAGAGAAUAGUGGAGACUGGAGGAGAAAGAUUCUAGGAGGUGAGGGGGCCAGGGUGGAGGAAGUGACAUGCCCUGGAGAGUUGUGGUAAAUGGGCUAUGAAGAGGGGUUGGAGGGAGGCCAAGCUGGCAGCCGGAGGCUCUGGGAGAGAUCGAGAAAGAGGUCAGUGGAGAGCUGGCCUCAGCAGCAGCAUGCCCCUUGGUGGAAGCCUGGCUUGGCA